CCGCGUAGAUAUAUUGAAGUUUUGUUUUCAUAUUUGAAGUGCAAAAGUCAAACAUGGCCUAAUUUGAAUUUGGAUUGUAUUGGUUUCAGAAAGCUGCUAGUACACAUUACUGAUGAACUCGUGGCUGAUGUAUUGCCUAAGAGAAACGACUAAACCCUUCUUGUAAUUUGUUUCAUUUUCCUUUUUUAGAAUCCCAUGAACCCAAAAGUUUGAAGCCUGUUGACGCAACCCUAGGCCACGUCGUUUAAGCCAUUAUUUUAAGGCGAUUGUGAGCCGAAUUUAUCAGCUCCUUUAAUCUUUGGAGCUCUUUCUGUUUCCUAUUUUUUUCGACCAUCAAAACGAUGUCUCAUAUAAGACAAUUUGAACACCUCAAAAUAACGUUAGAAGCCAUAAAAUCUGCGACCAACAACUUUGCUGAUGGUAAUUAUGUCGGGCGAGGAGGAUUUGGGAAGGUCUAUAAAGGAAAAAUUGUCCAUUCGGAGGGGCAGUCCAUGGUUGCUAUCAAACGCUUGGACAGAGAAUUUGGGCAAGGAAACCGAGAGUUUUGGAAAGAAAUCACAAUGCUUUCCCUCUACAAACAUGAAAACUUGGUCCAUCUUUUAGGGUUUUGUGAUGAAAGCGAUGAGAAGAUUCUUGUGUAUGAGUUCGUAUCUAACAAGGGUCUAGACUUUCAUCUCAACAACAACGAUCUAACUUGGACCCAACGUCUGAAGAUAUGCAUCGAGAUGGCUCGUGGACUAGCAUACCUUCAUAAUUCUGGCACCGAACUUAGAGUAAUACACCGUGAUAUUAAAAGUUCUAACAUCCUACUAGAUGAAAAUUGGAACGCAAAAAUCUCAGAUUUCGGUCUGGCCAAAUUAGCCCCUGCUAGUAAUUACACAUUUGUUUACACCUCAGUUGUAGGCACGCCUGGAUAUGUUGACCCACUAUAUAAAGAAACCGGGCUUUUGACAAAAGAGUCCGAUGUAUACUCUUUAGGUGUUGUGUUGUUUGAAGUAUUGUGUGGAAGGUUGUGCAACAAGGGUGAUCAGCCUUUAACAAAAUUGGCGCGACAAUACUACAAACUAAACAAAGUAGAUACAAUAGUUUUUUGUAAUAUUAGGGAUGAAAUGAACCCAAAUUCUUUAUUGGCUUUCACAAAAUUGGCGUAUGGAUGCUCGAACAGAGAACGUGAAGAACGCCCGUCAAUAACCGAAGUCGUGAGUACACUUGAAACUGCACUUAGAUAUCAAGCUAUUGUUUCUCCUUCUUCUGGAUGGAUGGCAACUGCUAAUUCUUCCAUGCCACAUGCCUCUGUUGCAGCUGGACCUCCUGGCCUUGUGCAGCCUCCAGUUGCAGCUGCAGUCCUGAAGGAUCCUCAGACACCUUCAAGUGAUCCUGGAUUGGAAUAUGAAGCUGGACCAUCUGAUGAGGAGUUCUUUUCUGCUUCAAGUUAUCCUCCCAAUGCAUACUCAUCAAAUGAUCUUCCAAAAACUGCGGUUAGGUUGCUCAAGCAGGGUUCAAAUGUCAUGUCAAUGGACUUCCAUCCUCAACGACAAACUACUCUCUUAGCCUUGCAGUUGGAAUUGCUAUGAACCAACUAAGAAGAUGAUAUUCAAAACAAGAACAAAUAAUCAAAAUGCUUCCUGUAUUGAUUAAUACCCAUAAACAACACAAGAAAAUCCUAAUGCUUACUAGAAUUUUGAGAGUCUAGUUCUCUCCCAAGAUGCAAUGAUCAGAAAUUUCAGAAAAGAUGAUGAUAGCCUCAUUCCCACUAGGGGUGCAAACGAGCCGAGCCUGGUCAGGCUCGGCUCGAGCUCGUUUAAGUUAUACGAGGCUCGAGCUCGUAAAUAAUUAUACAAGCUUGACUCGGGCUCGUGCUCGGCUUGUUUUUUGUUUGACGUGCCUAAAUAAGCUUAAGCUCGGCUCGAGCUCGUUAAGAAGCUGGUUUACUAAUACCCUAAAUCCAUAAUCCCCAAAUAUGUUUUUAUUUUAAUAUAUAAAAAUAAUAAUAAAUUAUUUUAUAUAAAGGCUCGUUUAGGCUCGCGAGCCUAAUCGAGCUUAGUGACAUAGACUCGAGCUCGAGCUCGUUUAAUAAACGAGCUUAAUAUUAAGCUCGAGCUCGGCUCGGGCUCGUUUAAAAUCGGUUUCGAUUCGAGCUUUUAACGAUCCGAUCUCGAUUAGCUCGCGAGUAGCUUGGCUCGUUUGCACCCCUAAUUCCCACUACCUUCUUAUAAGCACUAUGCUCUAACAAACUAUUUAAGUAAUUACCUAAAAUACGCCUAGCUCCACUAAAUAGAUGCUCACUAGUUUCUGGAAAAACCACCUUGUCCUCAAGGUGGAUAAAAAUGAUGGCCUCUUAUCUUGUCCAUAAUAUUACCAUGGUCUGCAGUCGCCAUAAUCAUUCUUCCCACUUGCGGACUACAUCACGAAUCAUCUUAAUACCAUCAUCAUCGGCCUUGUAGGCCACAACAAUAGGCUCAACAUCACUGUUAUGACCUAUAACCGGUUGGAUUUUCGGGUCCCGUCCUUUGUUAAAUUUAUCAAACAUCCUAUAUUCAAGAACUCGGGCAAGCAUGGUUGUACAAGCUGCCCAAAAGUUAAAAGUGGCAACCGUAUUUUGACACCCCGAGUUACAGCCCUAACUAGUGAACUUGUAAUAUUUUAGUAAAUGUGCAAUUAAUAUUUUACAAACAUUAUGUCUUUAUAUGUGUAUUAUAUAUUUAUAUAUAAUUUUUUUUUUUUUAAUAUCAUGACUCUUACGAGUCGAGGAACCAGUAGAAAAUUUAUCUUAUCAAGUCUCGAGCUGACAACUAUGACUGAUAUUUUCAAAUAAAACACCUUAACUUCUGACGAAGUAGCUGAUGGCACCAGAUUUGACUCCCAACAUUUUCAGUAUUUCCCAGGAAGCAUCGGAAAGCUAUCCGGUGGCGACUGCGGGGGUGGUCUUAGCUGCUUCCUUGGCUGACCUCCUCUGCAAUAGUGGAAUGGAACCACGCUUUCAAGAUAGAAUGAAGCUUCUUAUUCUCUGUACACUUUUUAGUUAUCUUCUCAACUAUUUAGGAAAACUGAGUGCGAAAGUGUUGUUGCAUCUCUGUUAUGGAAGAACACAUUUCCUUCAAUCCUUCUAUUGUUUCCAACCUUUGAGCCAUAAUUCUCAGGGCUAUUGCUCUGAUACCAAUUGCUAUGAACCGGCUAACAAGAUGAUAUUCAAAACAAAAACUGAUAAUCACGAUGUUUCCUGUAUUGAUUAAUACCCAUAAACAACAUAAGGAAACCCUAAUGCUUACUAGAAUUUCGAGAGUCCGCGUCUCUCCUAAGGUACAAUGAUCAGAAAUUUCACAAAAGAUGAUACCCUCAUUCCAACUACCCUCUUAUAACUUACAAGCACUAUGCUGUAACAAACUAUAUAAAGUAAAUACCUAAAUUACCCCUCUACUAGAUAGAUGCUCACUAGUUUGUUAAGUAUCCCAUAUACCCCUUUCUAUAAAACGUGACUUAAGUGGAUGCAUAGCACAGUUGGAACAAAUGUUGGUGAAAUAAGAAUUUGGGAGGUCGGAAUUCAAGAAAGGAUGGUGCAUAAACCCUUCAAGGUUUGGGAUAUAUCUGCUUGCUCAAUGCCUUUCAGACAGCUUUGGCAAAAGAUGCAGCAGUAUCUGUUAAACGGU